AUGGAUUACACCUCUCGUCUACCCAUCGAAACCCUUUGCUACAUGUUUACGUGGGCAAAACGAUCAAAUUCUGUCACCGAUGCAUCAGGUCAACUACUCUUCAACGCUGCGCGCGCGAAACAUGAGCAGGUGCCUCACAGCGUUGCGAUGGCAUGGAUUCCAGGUGUCACUCAUGUCUGCUCUCGCUGGCGCUACGCGGCUCUGGGGUACACCAGUCUUUGGACAGAUAUCCCCUUCAUCCUGGGUCUCGACUGGUUACGCACGUUCCUCGAACGUAGCGGGGAGGCGAGCGUCGCCGCGGAUUGGCAGUCUCUGUCCUUUAUGGCAUUAGGAUUACUAGAAUCCUCAUUAUCUCGUGCUCGAUUCGAAAGAGCCUUGAUACCGCUCCACUACAGGAGGCUGCGUAAUUUGGUCGUGAAAGUCCAAGAAGAGACGGAUCUCCAACUCUUUUCCUGCUCCUGGCCGAUGCUGGAAGAGCUGAACGUUAUGUUCCGCGAUCCACUCAUGGCACCUUUCCCAUUGCUGAACCACGACCUUCCUCGUCUUCGUCAACUGACGUGGGGAUCCGGUCUCGAGCUCGAUUCAUCUUUCUUCCCGUACCAAGCCCGGUGUAUGGACUCGCUGACCUUCCUCCGUCUCGAUACCGCUUGGGGCGUCCAUAACACUUCCAUGAGCCCCUUUCUUGAUAUGCUCGCUCGCAUGAACAACCUCGAGCACUUGCAGCUGCGCUCGACUACUGCACGUCCCUCGGCUACUGAGCCAUGCACAGCAUGCGCUCCAGUGAGACGAGUACAGGAGCUGCCUUCCUUGAAGACACUCUCAUUGCAGACGAACUACUACGAAGCAAACCACAUGCUGUCGCACUUCGCCGUUCCACCGAACGCGAAGUUCCGAUUCGAGAUCCUAGAGCCGGCGGCCCGAUCGAACGACAUGGAUGCCAUGUUUCGAACAUCGCUAUCGAGCAGGAUGCUCUACACACAGCUGGCCAAGUUUUACCAGGCUGUGAACGGCAUUCCUCCGUUCGUCGCUGCCGAGCUCAGCAUGGAAUCGCGCACCAAAUUCCAUGCUCGUUUAUCGAGAUCCACUACCUUUGCGGAGCCGAUCCACACGCCUGGCACUGGCAGGGUUCGACGUUUCGAACCCGAGCUUCAGGCAGACCUUGAGGUGGAAUGCCCUGUCGUUCCCACUAAUCAAGGUCUCGCGAUGCUUACCACAAUCUUGAGCAUACUAGCCCAAGAUACCAUCCGUGUCUUGGCGCUCAAUAUCAACCCCCAUGACCUAGUCACCGCCGCUCUCGACAACACCGUCUUCCGCAAUGUCGUCGCUCUCCACUUCACCGGAAAGGAAAUCUCACCUUAUUUCGCGCCUCUAACAAAGGUUUCCAAUGCCGGAGAGGCUCAACCCCUGCCUAACCUCAAAUUCGUCGCUUUCACAGCACCGGCCUUAUCCAGCAUCGUCGACGUCGGGUCAAGAGUGCCAUAUCAGCCCCCUAAGAACAGGAUGCAGGACUUCCUGCUGGCCCGUCGCCAGGCCAAAGUGCCCAUCCGCGCGCUAUAUCUUGGGAUCGCAGAACAAGCACGGCUGUUCCGGAUCGAAGGUCGUGCGGGCUCGAGUGGUACAACCCACCGCGACAGACGACAGGCGGAGAGGGACGGGUUCAAGAUUAAGCGCACACUCAACCUUUUGGAGGCCAUACCCGAGGUCUCCUUCAUCGCGAGAGGAGCUGAGGCCCUUUGCCGCGAAACCGUGUACAACGAGGUCCUGCAACAGGCCGCUGCUGAAGGUAGUUGA